AUGCUAGGUACCGAGCACAACACUACUGUGGGCCCACCUAUUCCUUCAGUGGUGCCGCCCCCGGUGUUCGAAACCCCCGGCAUGGUCCCACCACAUCUUCCGCCGGUCGUAGCCAAGGUUGAAGACGCCAAUGCAGUGUUACCCCCUCCCGUAUUCCCAGAUACUCCAUCGCCCGCCAUACCCGACAUUUCUACCCUCACCCCUCCGUCCGUGAGAGAAGCAGCCACAAUUUCCACCCUCCCCCCUCCGUCUGUUCCAGAAACGCCUGCUGGAGUAUUAUCUCCCCCGAGUCUCCCAAAUGCAACGUCGUCUGCCUUCCUAGGAACUCCUACGCUCGAGUCUCCAUCCAUAUCAGAGACAACAACUCUUUCAGUCUUGCCACCUCCAGGUUUCCCAGAUGCGCAGUCGCCCAUCACCCCCACCUUCCCCGACGUCUCUACCCUCACCCCUCCCUCUGUGCCAGAGACGAGCACUGCCGUAUUACCGACUCCCGAAUUGCAAGAUGCGGAAUCGUCUCUUAUCCCCAUCCUCCCCCCUCAGUCUGCAUCAGAGACAACGACUCCU